AUGGCCGAAUCCUACUCCCGCAACUUCCCCACCGACCGGCCCCUCGUCCGGCUCGACUUUGACGGCGCAUCGAGCAUCUGGACGCUCCACUUUCUCGCGGCCGACACGCCCGACAACCGCCUCAACCACAACUUUAUCAACAAUGGCCUCCUCCCCGCCCUCUCGUUUGUCGAGGCCGAGUGGGACACGAUGACCAACUCGGGCAACGCCGCCCAGGGCGCCGCCCUCAUCACCACGGGCCAGACCCACGACAAGGCCAAGAUCUACUCCAACGGCCUUGACCUCGAGGCCGCCAUCGCCGACCCCAACUUUUUCGACGACUGCCUAAACACCCUCUACGAGAAGCUCCUCACCUUCCCCAUCCCCACCAUCGCCAGCAUCGGCGGACACGCCUUUGCCGCCGGCUUCGGCCUCGUCUGCGCCCACGACUACCGCGUCAUGAACAGCGCCCGCGGCUACCUCUGCAUGAACGAGAUCGACUUUGGCGCCCAGCUGCCCCACGGCCUCCAGAUGGCCCUCGCCGCCAAGAUCGCCCACCCGCAGACGAUGCGCAAGAUCGUCCUCGAGGGCCACCGCUUCACCGCAAAAGAGGCCCACGACGCCGGCAUCGUCGACCUCGUCGCCGACGCGCAGCGCUACCCGGGACCCGCCGGCACCCUCAAGCUCGCCACCGAGCUCGCCACCAAGAUCAAGGUAAAGGCCAGCAAGGACUGCUGGGGCAGCAACAAGGUCGUCCUCUACGCGCCCCAGCUCGCCAUCCUCCGUACCAAGCACGAGAUCGCCAUGGCCAAUCUCUAUAAGCCGCCGUCAUCGCAGUCAUCGGCGCCGUCGCCGUCGUCCAAGCUCUGA